CAAUGAGAAUUGCCCUGGGUGGCCAACUCUGUCCCUCUUCCCCUGAGGGUGGUUGGCCCACAGGACGAUGAGGGCAAUGAGCAGAUGCAGUGUUGGCCUUCGCCAUGAGUGAUCUCUAUAACUGGAAAAAGCAAAGACCCCGUUUCUCAGACAAUCUUUUAGGUUCUGUUAUGUUCACUUGGGAGGAUUGCAGUCAGCUGGUACAGCUCCUGUUAACCACGGAAGAAAGAGAAUUCUGACAGAGGCCCAAAAAUUGGUCCCAGGAUCUGAUGGAAACCCAACUGUCAAUUCUGUGCCAAUAGACCAAGGCUUCCCCCUGACCUGCCCUAACAGAAGGUAAGGAGAGGCUCCAGCUCUACUGCCAGGUUCUAAUGGGAGGUCUCCAUGUGACCCACCAAUCUGGCCAAAGUCAGUAAUGUGUACUACAAGAAAACACAGAAUCUCCAUCAGCCUUCUUAGAACGGAUUAUGGAGGCCUUUAGGGUAUACUCCCCUAUGAAUUCUGAGGCCGAGGAGAAUAGGUCAUCUGUGGUCCUGGCCUUUGUUAAUGUCCAUGCCUGACAUUAGGUUCAAGUCACAGAAGAUAGUUGGCUUGCAGAUAAGAGCGUCCAGGAGCUGUGAGCAGGAGCUCAGAAAGUGUACAACAGAGAAACCCCAGAGGAUAAACAGAUGAGGGUCAUUGCUGCAGAGAAUGCAGAGUAGCCUGGAAAUACGGCAAGAAUCCCAGCAGCCACCGCAGGAGAUGCAACUGAGACGCCUAGCCAGAGGCUAAGGUAAGGACCUGAAGGGAGCACCCUAGGUUGCAAAAAGAUCUGUGCGCUUAUUGCAGGGGAAUGGAACAUUGGGCUAAAGAAUGCCCCCGGGAGUCCAAACAUAAGGACUAUGACUCGGGAUGUGACUCCUGCCACAGGGUUUGAGUCCCCUCCCUGAGCCCAGGGUGAUUCUCAGAGGGAAUUUAGAGGGAAAAACCUACAAAUUUAGUAGUAGUAGAACUGGAACUCAACAUUUGAUCUAAACCAAGCACCAAGGGAACCUCUCUCAAAGAAAAGUCUUGGGUGCAGGGAGCCACAGGUAUGAGUCAAUAUUCAUGGACUACCCGAAGAACGGGAUCUCGGAAUGGGUCGGGUAUUCCCUAUUCCUUCCUGGUCAUACCCAACUGCCCCUACUCCUUAUUACGAAUAUACCAACCAUUGGAUAAGAUUUAAGAUGUCAUUGAACCCAGAAUGUACCUAUUCCCUUACACACACACACACACCCUAGACAAAUGUCAGCCAAUCAGGGUCUUGAAUUCUGAAAACCCCCUUACCCCCAACUUCUAUGAUAAAACCCUACCCUGCCUCUGCUGGGUGUGCUCUGUUUGUACUGCUGCAUCAGACACACAGCCCAAACCUGAUCUUGAAUAAAGGCUGUUUGCUUUUGUGUACAGAUUUGGACUCCUUGGUGAUCUUUGGGGAACCUGUGGUUUGGGUAUGAUUCUCAUCCCAUCUCAGUUCCCUGAAUUGUUCAAGUCAACACCCCAUUCUCUGGCCCAAACUCACCGAGCCCGUGUGUCAGAAUCUCUCACUUAUUGCUGAGUCCAAAGAGCAAGAUCUCUCCUGGCCCUGCCAUUCCACCUGGGCCAUAAUUUGCCUUAUCUGAAGAUGGGUGGGGCACCUGUCGUCAUCCAGCUUUCCAGGAAGUAAUGCUUUUGGGGACUUUCAGACGCCUCCAUUAGCACUCCUCCAGCCGGGAGCCGCAGGGAGAUCUGACAGGAUUCUGACUCGCCAUCUCAGGCGUAAUGUCUGUGUUUGAAAGUGUCACAAGAUCCCUGGUCCAGGAGUUGGAUUCAGGAGGGGAUAUGAUUCCUGUCAAAAGUAUGGUUGACGCUGGUGCAUUCAAAUGCUGUUAUUUGGUGAGAGGACGGAAGAGGUUCUGGGGAUGGGCCUACUACAAGACAGACCUCACCCUGGAGGACAUACUGGACGAGAAGGACGAAGGACUAUUUGGUAGUCUGCUUGCAGGAUUCAGAGGUCAGUAUGUGGCAGGUGAAAAGGCUAAAUUCCAAGUCCAGGAUAAAACAGAUUCAAAGCUGUCAGCAAAAUUGUCGUCAGCAGAAUUGUCAGCAAAACUGUCAGCAAUAUUGCCAGCAAAAUUCCCUGAAGAAAUACUUGCCAUUGAAAGACUCCGGUCCUGUGAUUGGAAAACCACCAUAAUACAUAGGAAGAUAACCCAGAGAUGUUUGGAUUUCCUUGACAACAAGAAGUUAAAGCAGAAACUACCCACUUCAUUUAAAACAAUUAAUUUGAAAGAAAAUAUAUAUCUGGUAACAGAAACUCUGGAGACAGAAGAGGAGGAAACCCUACAAAUGCACUAUAAAAUUUGGAACUCAUUUCUUAAGGUUAUUUAUGAAAAAAAGAGCCAAAGGAAUAUCACCGUCCCUGCCAACAUGGUCCUGGCCUAUCGAAAGAAGCAGCUCAUCUUCGAAAAUGGGUCAAUAUUUAUUGACUUCUGGAAUGAAAAAAGAAGGUCUUUUCAGGGAGAAACGGCUCUAGGAAGAGAGGAAACUACUGGAACUUUGAAGGAGCACGUAGAGAACACAGGGAGAAGCCUGCGGGAACUGGAUGAGAAGCAGAAGGAUGUGCUGUGCUCUGCCACUUCAUGCGCCAUCAAGGAAGGGGGGCUGGAGAACCUGGAACAGAAAGUUUCUGAUAUCUUGUUCUCUGAUGCUUCGAGGCAGACUGAGGGCCCAGAAGGUCUCAUUUGCAUCCUUCAUGAUAAAGUCGGGCGCUUGGUAAAAGCACGUGCGGAAGCCGUGCUGAUACUCUUGGAUGCCUUAAUAGCCCUGUCUGGCAUAGCCAAGUGUGUGAACAAAGCACUGGAGAAUGGGGAGCUGCUUUUGCUGAGGGACCAGGUGAGACACUGGAUAGAGAGGACUAGGGCCAUAGUAGAGACCAGUGCCUGUGUUCUGAAAGGACCUGGAAACCCCACAGUACAGUCCUUUCUACUGUGUGGUUACUGCCUGCUCAUGUCUGUGCAACAGGUUUGUGACAAGUCUCUGGGCAUACGUACAUACCAGGAUAUUUGACAUGCUCUGCUGCCUGCCUGUGGGCAAAGAGGAUAGAAAAAAACUAGUCCAAGAUGGCGUCCGGUGCCAUCCUGAGUGCCUGCUGCUAUGUGGAGAUGGUGUGAGGUUCUUCAAUUUUGCAGGAGGAAUGCCAUGUCUGUCACGGCUCAGAACGAAGGGCUGUGGCCAGCUGUUGGCCAUUGUGGUCUGUGUGCGUGUGCGUGAACGUGUGUGAGAGCUCCUAGCUUUUAAUAUGGUGAGUUUCCUUUCAGGUAGAGUCAAUCCUCCAGAAGAACUGGGGCGAUCGGCUUAGCCAGGAAGUGCACUGUGACCCUGAGGCACAGAUCUUCAGUCUCCUGUAUAUUGCCUGCUCUCUCAUGCUAGCUCUGGAACAUACUAAGUCCGCCUGUAUCUGUUGCUAACCUAAUGUUGGCCUGAAUCCUAUGCAUGGUCUCUGAUUAAAAGUGGCAGAUUGGGAA